CCCAGAAAGCAUUGCUAGCAUUUCACUGCUCAUGGCAUCAAGCUUUGUGGGACCAGCUUAAGCGACUUCAGUUGCGACACGGUGAAGCAGCUGCUGUAGUGAAGUAAGACUGAGGAGGGGAGAUCUUUCCCUACUCUGUCGGACAGUCGUUCAUUUGUUUGUGAUUCCUAGUUUGCUUUGACAAUAAACAUUUCCGUUGCUCAAAUCUGGCUUUGAGUCAAUGAGGAAGCGUCCCGUUGCCCUCCAGGGGUAGAUCAACAACAGAUUCGCGAGAAAUGCUAGCAAGCUAGCUUUGGGUUGGUUGUAAGCGAGAGAUUUACGGGUUUGUUCGAUCACAGUGGAAGAGAACCGAACGUAAUAACUGCGGAGAAUUGUUGAGAUUUUGUGAGGGGAAACGAGUGAACAAUCAAAAGGUUUCCGGGAGGGUGGUUUAAGUAGCUAGUUAGCUACAUUUUAUAUAAAAAGCUCUAGAUAGGUAUUUUAAACAGAUCGUCGCGGAAUAUGGCUCAGCAUGGACAUCAUCAUGUAGCCAGUUCCCAAAAAGCACUCAUGUUAGAAAUGAAAAGUCUUCAAGAGGAGCCAGUUGAAGGGUUCAGGAUAACUUUAGUGGACGAAUCGGACUUGUACAACUGGGAAGUUGCUAUAUUUGGACCCCCAAAUACUCACUAUGAGGGAGGUUAUUUUAAGGCUCGGAUCAAGUUCCCCAUCGACUAUCCCUACUCUCCUCCGGCCUUCCGCUUCCUCACCAAGAUGUGGCACCCCAACAUCUAUGAGAAUGGGGACGUGUGUAUCUCCAUCCUGCACCCCCCUGUGGACGACCCCCAGAGUGGAGAACUGGCUUCUGAGAGAUGGAACCCCACGCAGAACGUCAGGACGAUCCUGCUGAGUGUGAUCUCUCUGCUCAACGAGCCCAACACCUUCUCUCCAGCCAACGUGGACGCCUCCGUCAUGUACCGCAAGUGGAGAGACAGCAAGGGCAAGGACAGAGAGUACGCGGAGAUCAUCAGGAAGCAGGUCCACGCCACCAAAGCAGACGCUGAGCGUGACGGUGUGAAGGUGCCCACAACCCUGGCAGAGUAUUGCGUCCGCACCCGCGCCCCGCCCCCCGAUGAGGGCUCCAACCUCUUCUACGACGAUUACUAUGAUGACGAGGACCUGGAGGACGAAGACGAGGAUGAUGACGAGGACUGCUGCUACGACGAAGAUGACUCGGGAACCGAGGAGUCCUGACGACCCACCAUCGCCUCACUACCCCCCCCCCC